CCCGAGGGACAAUUAUGUGUGCGGAAGUGCUACUACAGGCAGAAGAAGAAGAAGAACAUUCCUGAUGCUCCUCCGGGACGCUCAGUCAUUUUUAUAAUGUGCACUUUUUGACAUAUAUAGUCUGGUAAAGGAGUCAGUUAAUACGCUAUCUGUAUCCAAUAUAACGUAAAAGCAAGUUACGUUAAAGUGCGUCAAGAGAGGCACGGGGAACUUUUCAGACACAUUUCCGGACAUGGAGCACAGAGACUGUCCUUCUGUGAGACCCGGGGAGAGUCUCCUGUCAGGAGAGAAUGAAUGUGGAAGAGCGGGACGGUCGGUCACCAACCGGAGCGGCUUUAAACCGUGGCCGGUGCUCGUGCUGUCAGUCCUGGGAUCCGCUGCAGCUGCGGCCGCUGUGGGCUGUGUGUGCGCUCUCAUCUACCCCAUACUCAAAGAGCUGCGUGCAGAAAGAGUGAGAGGGGAGGACGGGACUGAACAAAGGAUGCUGGGUUUUUGGAGUAUCCUGGUGCUGUCAGUAUCAGUGGGAUGUAUCUGCUGUGUCUUCUCGUGGACCCUCACUUACCUGGACUCGUACCAGCCUGGCAUUGUAUCCAUAAAACCGAUGAAACCGGCACACUUCAGAGAUGCAUCUGGUUUCAACAUGGGUUUUGGCGUCGCUGUCCUUAAUGGCAUCAUGUCAAUGCUGACUGUCAUCUGGAGCCUCACCUGACACACACACACACCCUCAAAGGCAUCGAGCAGCCUGUGCUGGGUAAAGGAAAGGAAUCUUUACUAUUAAAUUGAAAUAAAAGUUUGAAAUGGA